UUUGGUGCGAUUAUCUCACGAUAUUCAAACGAUGCAGUGUUACCGUUCGUUCGUCCCAAAUGGGAAUCCAUUGGAAAUUUAUAAUUCGGAAUAUGGUUGAGCAAUGGAUGGAUCAAGUGAAAUAAUAACAAUUUUCAUAGGGCAGGCUGGCACCCAAUUAGCAAACGCCUGUUGGGAAUUAUUCUGUCUGGAACACGGCAUAUCUCCCAAUGGCUGUCUUCGCCAAGGUUAUUACCCAACGGAUCCUACUAUGUGCGCCUUCUUUUCAGAAUCGCAAGUAAGAAAACUGACCCCUCGAACGAUGAUCAUUGAUCUGGAGCCAAGCGUGAUCGACGAGAUUAAAACGGGCGACUACAAGCAACUGUUCAGCCCGGACUCGUUGGUCACCGGAAAACAGGACGCGUCCAACAAUUACGCGAGGGGUUACCACAGCAUCGGUAGAGAGGCGAUUCCCCUCGUAUUGAGCCGUAUCUCCAAGAUAUGGGAAGCGUGCUCGAAGCCAGCUGGAUUCAUCGUAUUCAGAUCGAUAAGCGGUGGUACCGGAAGCGGUUUUGCCUCCUUGCUGCUUCAACAAUUAUCGGCGGAUUAUCCGAAAACGAUCACCCUCGAUUUUGUUAUUUAUCCGUCCCCCAACAUAUCCGCAGUCAUCGUGGAACCGUACAACGCGUUAUUCUCCACCCAUGCUUCGUUGGAUCACGUGGACUGUUCCUUCCUCGUCGACAACGAAGCCCUGUACAACAUUUGUGCCAGCAAUUUGGACGUAAACGAUCCAACUUUCACCAAUUUAAAUCGACUGUUGGCUCAAAUCACAUCCAGCAUCACGGCUUCGAUGAGGUUCGAGGGGGCUGUGAACGUUAGCCUCCAAGAAUUGCAAACUAAUCUGGUACCUUAUCCAAGAAUUCAUUUCUCCUUGACUACGUACGCCCCCCUCAUCUCUCCCAGAAGGGGAUUGUACGCUGAAAUCACCACCCAGAGGAUCACCAACGAUUGUUUCAUACCUUCGAAUCAGAUGUUGUCGAUCGAUCCACGCACCGGAGCUUACACCAGUUGUUGUUUACUCUAUCGUGGAGAUGUGUCCGCAAAUGACGUUAACAGAACGAUCGCGUCACUGAAAGGGGCAAAGUCUAUUCGUUUCGUCACUUGGGCUCCGACCGGGUUCAAAGUAGGUAUUAAUUAUCAGCCAACCACGACCGUCCCUGGCGGUGAUCUGGCAAAAUCGAACAGGACAGUGGUGAUGAUCAGCAACAACACAGCUAUGAGACACAGAUGGUCGAUGCUCACCCGGAAGUACGACUUGAUGUACCAGAAAAGAGCUUUCUUUCAUCAUUACAUAGGGGAGGGCAUGGAGGAGGAUUUUUUCAAAGAGGCGCGGGAGGACAUGAUGACUCUGAUCAAUGAUUACAAAGAGAUAGAGAAAUGAUUCUUCUCAAGAUUCUUUGCUCGAGAAUUUCCAAUCCAAUGAUAUUUCUCUUGCGUGCGGGACAAAAAGAUGAUAUUUGCGGUCUUUGUUUCAACGAAAGAGGAGGAGAAGAGAGCGUGAUUGCACGAGAUAAGAAAGAAUCGCGCGAAGAUAAGGGGGACAGCCAGUGGUAGACUCGUUGGCACCAACGUGUGGGUACAACGCGAUCGUGUAAUAUUGACUUUCACUGUUACAUUUGGGCGUACCAAGACACCAUCGAUAAGGAAUCACGCACUUUUCGAUCCGUACGUGCGGAUACCUGCAUGUUCCACACUAUCGAGCAAGCGUAUAUAACAAAAUUAGGCCUUGUUGUAUUCAUGUAAACGACGUGGUAAUGAUAAGCGGUAUCGGGUGAUUGGUAUCCCCCUGGCGAUAUCAUUCGCUGUCAUCCGCUUUGUUCUGGAUAUAAUCGGUCAUUUAUCUUCGUUAUCUUCCAAGAAUUAUUAAGAAUUCCGAGAAAAUAAACAGGAAAAUCCUGAGUUGUAUUAUAACGGGAGGAGCAACAACACCCUUAUUAUUAUAUCGCGGCUAUAAAAUGUAUAAAACGUGACAAAAAAAAAUAUACCGAUUUCAAUACAAUACAAUAAAAAUCUUCCCUUUUUUUCUUCCCUACUCCCUCAAAAUAAACUAAUUCCUUUCUUUUCAUCGUGAUCCAAUUCGACAUUUCCUUUCGUUCCAACCAGAUCGAUAUCGAAAAAACUCGAUUUCGAUCGAGAAACUCGUGUAAACCGAUAACGCGAACACGAUAAACGCGUCCCGAUCGGCGGCGAAUAAUCGGACGAAGGAUCCCCAACGAAGAUAUAACCACUCGAAAAACCUUAUCGUUCACGCAUUGCUCUCGACACGAAGUGUGUACAUAAGAAGAAGUUCAUUUACGCAUUACAUAAUUUUCCUCCAACGCAAUUGCACAUUGUACACCUCUCGUUGCGUACUCCCCUCCGAUUUUUUUUUAUCCGUCCAACCUUGGUUUCGUUAUGUACGUACAUCUCUGUAAACACGGAUCGGUUAUUAAUGGGAAUGGCAGACAGAUAGGAGAAGGAAGAAGCGUGGCACGAGCUCCGCUUUUAUCGAAAUCGACGAUCGUCUAUCUCGAUCACGUCGUCCCCUCUCCACUUCCCUCCGCGACGCCACGAAAGUUUCACGUGAAUCAUAUUGACCGUCUCCCUCCCUCUGUUUCUUUUUCUCUCUCUUUCUCUCUCGGCCAUGCACGAUUGCAUCGAGUCUUUGCACGCGUUUACACGCAUCGUUUUUCUUCGUUUUUUUCUUUUUCCUUCUAUUUUAUUUUUUCAAUUACGUAGCGUUGAAUGGCCCCAAUGAACUUGAUUUCUUUCCUUCGUUUCAUCGAAUUAAAUUUUCCAUGGAACGAUCUCUUCUUUCGUUCCUUUCUUUUUCAAGAAGUACGAUCGGAUAACAACAAGAGCGUAGAAACGAGAUCGUUCUUAUAAAUAUUUUAUCCCCCUCGGGAUUCUUUCUUUCGUGAAAUGAAUAUUUUCGAAAUGUGCGCAUCUAUGCACGUAUAUUAAUUCCUCGAAAAUUUUUAUUCGAAAUAACCUUCCUUCCAACUUCAUAAUAAUACGCGGAAAAAUGUAAAGAGGAAUUCGAGAUAUUCCCCCCAUUUCCUCCCUCAAUAUUCCAAUAAUUUUCCAUUGCAAUUUUUAUCCUCUUAUCGAAGAUUAACGUUAAAAAAAGCACGUUUCGAGCAAAAAAACAAAAAUAUAUUAUCUCCGUAAAGCGCGUAUAGAUAGAAAAAUGAUGAUUUUAUAGGAUGAAUCGUAAGACGUAUCGUAAAGACAAUUAAGAAGAAAACUCGUACGAUAGAAAUGGAUUAAAUACCGAUACGUAGUAUCAACAAUUAACACCGAUAAUUGCACACUCGAGCAUCGUAAACGAAUUAGAAGAGAGAUUGAUCCAUGGAUUUCUCUCGUGGAUACGAAAUGGGAUAAAAAUAAAGAUCUCUUAAAAAAAAAAAAAAAGAAAAGAAAAAAAUAUCGAUUUUUUUGCACAUAUCCCGAUCACGUGAUCGGAAUACACAAUCGUAACGAUUUUACGUGUUAAUCUCGAGUCAAUGACUAAUUUUACGAUCGUGGCGCGUGUAAUUAUUAAACGAUAAACGAGAUGUGUUUUCCAAGUUAUCUUUCCCACCACAGAAUCUAGAAAACGUGGAAACGUGAUUGAUUUGAACGGAUGUACAAGAAGUAUUUUAGUAAAUUUACAUAACGAUUACGAUCCGUGUAUUUUCGACGAGGAAAAUUAUUUUCGACCUUUCUUAUCGUUUCCCGCUCACAAAUUUAGACACGACCGACUCUUCUCCAACAUUUUUUUCCACUUUUCUCUUCCCAGUUAGACCAGACGCAACGGCUGUCGUUACGAACAAGACGUCGUUUUCAUUAUUAACACGCUGAAGAAGAUCCAGGAAGAACAUAUAUAUAUAUAUGUGUAUAUGUAUAUAUGUACACGUAUAUUAAUUGUGAUCAGAGACAAAGUACAUCUUUGAAAGAUGCGAAAUGUUAUCUCUCCUGACAGAGAGGCUAUUUUUUUAACGAUAUAUACGACUGCGUCAAUAUAUAAUUUUCCACGAGCGCGUUAAAACGAUCGGGGGAAAAUUGUUCGAUGAUUUAUACGAAGGUAUAUCGUAACGAUGAUUUAUGAAUCGAGCUCGAGUAUUAUUCACCCUGGCUUUAUGCUUAUUAACAUUCCUCUGUGUUGGUUAGUUUGACAAUGAACAAUUGAACACCGAUCUCUCCACACAAAACUCCAAGAAAUUAUCAUCUACGAUACGAGAUAAAAGAUCUUCUUCGACGAAAUCUUUAAUUCUCAUCCAAGCGUAAAAAGAAAAAAGAAAAGCAGAUUUCGAUACAAAUCGUUUCGAAUAAUCGAGCAUUUUUUCUUUUUACUUUUCGAGGAAAUGAACUCAAGGUCGCGUUAUCGCGAUUCUAUUUACUAACAUUCCCGAUAACAAUAUUCGAUCGCAUUAGCAUAAUUAACCGUCAUUUUCGUUUCUUUUAAUCACGACUUUUGGUCGUGUAUUUCGGAUCCAUCCAUUUCGAAUCGUUUCGAAAAAAAGAUCGUCCAAUAUUUAUCGAUACACGCGAGAGCAAGGGAAGCGUCGAUCACGAGCAAAUAUCGAUGGAUCAGUCAAAGAGCAGAUCGAUUGUUUAUCUUAAACUUGUCCACUUCUGAGAAACCGAGCACCGCUCCUUCCCACCACUCGGCCACGGUUGUUCCAGGAUUCGGCGAUCACGGUGUGAAUGACGCCGACUCGCUGUUAUCGCGAGAACCCGUGACGUAGUCUUUAUCGUAUAAAUUAUCCACCAGAGAAGGCCGGUUCGUCAGUUCAGCUUUUCUCCUCAAACGAUUCUUACUGCACAGAGGUAGAGCGAGACAAUUCUCUCCAACUUAUUUCAACCAGCCAACAACUGCACACCUCGAGAACUCCAACUUGUAAAACCAAUUUUCAGCCAAACAAAGAUGCUGAUCGGCGGAGCAGUAAGCUACGUAGCUGGGAAGCAAGCGGUUCGCACGGUUUACUGGCGAACGGCGAGCAACGGUCGCUUGUUGAAGACGGCGAAGACCUGCAUGUUCCAAGGCCCUCCGAAACCGGCGCCAUCCUCCACUUCCGCGUUCGAGGGCCAAUCCCACAUGGAACCAAUACCCAAGGACAUCUUCAAUCAUAGAAAUCAUUGAACGACCGUUGUUCCAACAUGACGCUGAACCAAAGAAACCGGGUGGGGUGGGGGGGAAGAGGGGUCGACGCAUUGUACAUAGCUGUUUAAAGUAUAAGUUUAAGUUAAUAUUAAUUAUUUGUAAAUUGGUAAAAAGAGAGUUGGUUAGUUGAUUUAAGCUUAGCUAUAAAAUAUACGUAUUUAUUUUCUUUAUCAUUAA